GUAGAGACCCGGCGCUGGCGAAACCGACCAAACCGGAGUUACCGACCCGACUGUCCCGCGAGCGAAAGCUGGAAAUAAUACCUAAACCUACUUCUUGACAUGGUAUCAAAACAGAGCUUUUGCUGAGAGUUUGAUUUAUAAAGAAAUUAUGGUUCGACUGACCUUGGAUCUAAUUGCCAGAAACAGCAAUCUUAAACCCCGAAAAGAAGAAACCAUUUCACAGUGCCUGAAGAAAAUAACUCAUAUAAAUUUUUCAGACAAAAAUAUAGAUGCAAUUGAAGACCUCUCUCUUUGCAAAAAUCUUAGUGUUUUAUAUUUAUAUGAUAAUUGUAUUAGUCAAAUCACUAACCUGAAUUAUGCCACAAAUCUGACCCACUUGUACCUACAAAACAAUUGUAUUUCAUGUAUAGAGAACCUCAGGUCAUUAAAGAAACUGGAAAAACUGUAUCUGGGAGGCAAUUACAUUGCUGUCAUAGAAGGUUUAGAAGGAUUAGGAGAACUAAGAGAGCUUCAUGUUGAGAAUCAGAGGCUUCCCCUCGGGGAAAAGCUUCUGUUUGAUCCAAGAACUCUUCAUUCUCUGGCAAAAUCCCUCUCUAUAUUGAAUAUCAGCAAUAAUAAUAUUGAUGACAUUAGAGACUUAGAAAUACUGGAGAAUCUUAAUCAGCUCAUAGCCGUUGACAACCAACUUCUGCAUGUGAAGGAUUUGGAGUUUUUACUGAACAAGUUGAUGAAGCUGUGGAAAAUUGACCUAAAUGGAAAUCCUGUUUGUCUCAAACCAAAAUACAGGGACAGACUGAUACUGGUGUCCAAAUCACUGGAAUAUCUUGAUGGAAAAGAAAUUAAAAAUGUAGAAAGACAAUUUCUAAUGAAUUGGAAAGCAUCCAAAGAUGCCAAGAAAAUCAGCAAAAAAAGGAGCAGUAAAAGUGAGGAUGCAAGCAACUCACUCAUAAGAAUCUCUCUUUGAAGCAAUCUGAAAGCUUGCUGACAAAAAAUGAUGUGCAUGAACCUCACCUUUUCCAUAACCCCAAAGAAAAAGAAAAUUUGUUUGCAGAAAAUGAGUAAAUUCAGCCUCAAGUGACAGGAAAUGUUUGAUUUUGUUUUUAACCUUAUAGGACUAGGCAACAAUAUCUUUUGUGGGUUUGUAGCUUUAUGGUACCUCACAUAGAAAAACGUUUAA